UGGAAUUUGUGCGUACUCCCGCCCCGUCGUCUUGAAUAAGUAGUGUCCGUUACUUGAAGGCCAAUAUCUGUGUCUGUACUCAGACGUCUGUCUUUCACAGUAGAUUACUAAACAGCUGAACAUGCGCUUCUGGCCGCAGUGAGUUUGCGCUUAUACCGUGGCGCAACCACUGCAAGCUGGACACGGGACCAAUCAGCACCGGGCAGCAUUCGGCUGGAGGACAGGAGCGUACGCGUGCAUGAGUACGUUGCGCGGUCACGCUGCUGGUGCUGCUGUCACGAGCCUGGAGAAUUACAACGGACAUACAUUACACAGGACAUCUUAUUUAGACAGUUUAGCGCGCGCUAAAGAGAGCAAGAUUAUAAUUCCAUCUAUCUGGUUGGACAUUAAGAGUGUUUACUGAGUUAUUUGGGUAAACCGGUGAUGUAUUGCAGUAUUUGAAUGAUAUUGCUAGCCAGCUAGCUAGCUAGCUGUUAAGCUAGCUUUACGCUGCGUGACUCGAAGUAACUUAACGUUGUAUUCUCAGACCGUGUUCUCAUUAACACAUCUGGUUACUUUCAUCUUAGAGACGUCCAAAUAGUGGGUGGUUUUAACUUGGAUUUUUACUGUAAAUGUUGCGCGCAUUGCUUUUAAUCCUAGCUUGAUAAGGAUUGAAUGAAAUAGCUUUCCUCAGCCAGCGGAAACGAGCCAGUUAACAGGGAUAACGUGAAUUUACCGUGCUUCUCGUUGAUCCACCGCCAUCCAGCUAAUCUAGCAGAAGCUAUUUGACUUAGCCACCCAUAAGCAUACAGUGAGCUUAGUAAGUAACAGGCAAUCAUAAAGUUUUAACGCACGACAGGGACUGCUAAGUGGCUAAGCUACUACUACACGUCAAGUUGGCCAUCUUCCACUCCAGUUCAGUGUGAAAAGCUGACCAACGUCAGUUCGUUUUUUACGGAUAAGGCCGGAGUGAGGACAGAAACCUGCAAACAUGCCGGCUGUGUCGAAAGGAGAUGGAAUGCGAGGAUUAGCUGUUUUCAUUUCGGACAUUAGAAAUUGUAAAAGCAAGGAAGCCGAGAUCAAGCGAAUCAAUAAAGAGUUGGCCAACAUUCGCUCCAAGUUUAAAGGAGACAAGGCUUUGGAUGGAUACAGCAAGAAGAAGUAUGUGUGCAAGCUGCUCUUCAUCUUCCUGCUCGGACAUGACAUCGACUUCGGACACAUGGAGGCGGUCAACCUGCUGAGCUCCAACAAGUACACAGAGAAACAGAUUGGCUACUUGUUCAUCUCAGUGCUGGUAAACAGCAACAGCGAGCUGAUCCGUCUGAUCAACAACGCCAUCAAGAAUGACCUGUCCAGCCGCAACCCCACCUUCAUGUGCCUGGCACUUCACUGCAUCGCCAACGUGGGCAGCCGUGAGAUGGCCGAGGCCUUUGCCAGUGAAAUCCCCCGGAUCCUGGUCGCUGGUGAUACGAUGGACAGUGUGAAGCAGUCAGCUGCUCUGUGUCUGCUGCGGCUCUAUAAAACCUCUCCAGACUUGGUGCUGAUGGGAGAGUGGACGUCCCGUGUGGUGCACCUGCUCAACGACCAACACAUGGGAGUGGUGACAGCAGCCAUCUCUCUCAUCACCUGUCUGAGCCAGAAGAAUCCGGAUGAGUUCAAGACCUGCGUUUCCCUGGCUGUGUCUCGACUCAGUAGGAUUGUGUCGUCGGCCUCCACUGACCUGCAGGAUUACACCUACUACUUUGUCCCAGCACCGUGGCUGUCCUGCAAGCUGCUGCGCCUGCUGCAGUGCUACCCUCCACCAGAGGAUGGCGCCGUCAAAGGCCGUCUGGUAGAGUGUCUGGAGACCAUCCUCAAUAAGGCCCAGGAACCACCCAAGUCCAAGAAGGUGCAGCACUCCAAUGCAAAGAACGCCAUCUUGUUUGAGGCUAUCUCACUCAUCAUCCACUAUGACAGCGAGCCAAACCUGCUGGUGCGAGCCUGUAACCAGCUGGGCCAGUUCCUGCAGCACAGAGAGACUAAUCUGCGUUACUUGGCUCUGGAGAGCAUGUGCACUCUGGCCAGCUCAGAGUUUUCCCACGAAGCCGUCAAGACGCACAUCGAGACCGUCAUCAACGCCCUCAAGACUGAGAGGGAUGUGAGUGUUCGACAGAGGGCAGCUGAUCUGCUCUACGCCAUGUGUGAUCGCAGCAACGCCAAGCAGAUCGUAGCCGAGAUGCUCAGCUAUCUUGAGACGGCAGACUACUCCAUCAGAGAGGAGAUGGUUCUGAAAGUGGCCAUCCUAGCAGAGAAGUAUGCUGUGGACUACUCAUGGUACGUGGACACCAUUCUUAACCUCAUUCGCAUUGCUGGAGACUACGUCAGUGAAGAGGUGUGGUACCGCGUCAUUCAGAUCGUCAUCAACAGAGACGACGUGCAGGGCUAUGCCGCAAAGACCGUGUUUGAGGCCUUGCAGGCCCCUGCCUGCCAUGAGAACAUGGUGAAGGUUGGAGGCUACAUUCUGGGAGAGUUUGGAAAUCUCAUUGCUGGUGAUCCUCGCUCCAGCCCGCUGGUCCAGUUCAACCUCCUCCACUCUAAGUUUCAUCUGUGCUCCGUGCCCACUCGUGCCCUCCUGCUGUCGGCCUACAUCAAGUUCAUCAACCUGUUCCCAGAGACCAAGGCCACCAUCCAAGAGGUGCUACGCUGUGACAGCCAGAUCCGCAACUCAGACGUGGAGCUGCAGCAGCGUGCUGUGGAGUACCUGAAGCUGUCCUCUAUCGCCAGCACUGAUGUCCUGGCCACUGUUUUGGAGGAGAUGCCUCCUUUCCCAGAAAGGGAGUCAUCAAUCCUGGCUAAACUGAAGAAGAAGAAGGGGCCCGGUGCCGUGUCCGUGACAGAGCUGGAAGACAACAAAAGGGAGGGAGGAGAGCUGAACGGAGGAGGAGACCGGGGGCCAGACACAUCAGCCAUGGCUGCUUCCAACGCUUCGACUCCGUCACCAUCAGCAGACCUCCUCGGGAUUCGUUCUGCUGCUCCCAUCAGUGCUGCUCCAGCCAGUGCCGGCAGCCUGCUGGUGGACGUGUUCUCUGAGGCAGGGCCCGCCGCACCUUCAGCUGCUGUGAACGACGACGGCUUCCUGAGAGAUCUGGAACAGCCCACCGAGACCUCUGACUCCCUAUUGGUGGAGGGUUCUGGUGACUCGGACUCUGCUCCUCCCUCUGAGGAUCCUGCUCCCCCUCUGUCUGAGGCUGACGAUCUUCUUAACAAGUUUGUGUGCAAGAACAACGGGGUUCUGUUUGAGAAUCAGCUGCUACAGAUCGGCAUCAAGUCAGAGUACCGUCAGAAUCUGGGGAGAAUGUACUUAUUCUAUGGAAACAAGACAUCAGUGCAGUUUGCCAGCUUCACCACCACAGUCAGCUGUCCUGGAGAACUGCAGUCUCAUAUCCUUUCUGUUCAGACCAAACCAGUGGAGCCAUUGGUAGAAGGAGGAGCUCAGAUCCAGCAGGUCCUCAACAUCGAGUGUCUGACUGACUUCUCUGACGCUCCGCUGCUCAACAUCAAGUUCAGAUAUGGAGGAGCUCUGCAGAACCUGACCCUCAAACUACCUGUCACCAUCAACAAGUUCUUCCAGCCAACUGAGAUGUCCUCACAAGACUUCUUCCAACGCUGGAAACAGCUUAGCCAGCCUCAGCAAGAAGCACAAAAGAUAUUUAAGGCCAACCACGGCAUGGACACUGAAGUACUUAAGGCUAAGCUCCUGGGACUAGGAUCAGCCCUGCUGGACAACGUUGAUCCAAACCCAGAGAACUACGUGUGUGCUGGAGUGAUCCAGACCAAAGGCCAGCAGGUUGGCUGUCUGCUAAGGCUGGAGCCUAACGCCCAGGCACAGAUGUACCGCCUGACUCUGCGCUGCAGCAAGGACUCUGUGUCCAAGCGUCUCUGCGAGCUGCUGGCUGAACAGUUCUAGAGUCAAGACUUCUACCGUGACCAGUACUCCCACCAUCCCCACCAGCGACCUCUCCCUCGACCGCCCCCCCCCGCCCCCCCUCCUGCCACACCUCUUCUCCUCCCUCCAACAAAGAAUCUUUGAGUUAAAAAAAAAGAAAAAAAAAAGGUGUAACCUACAUAAGGGAAAAAGCAGCCGCUGUUAGCAGCAGCGGUCAUAUAAUUGUCAUUAUUCUUGUCCCAGAUUCUGAUUCCAGUUCAUCUUAUACUUGUUUAUUAACAUGAUGCUACAUUCUUGUUUUUGUUGGUGUUUACCUGUGUAGCUGGUGUGUGUGGCUAGGAGAGUGUGUGAGUGUGUGUGUGUGAGUGUGUGUGUGUGAGUGUGUGUGUGAGUGUGUGUGUGUGUGUGUGUGUGUGUGUGUGUGUGUGUGUGUGUGUGUGUGUGCGUGUGCGUGUGCGUGUGUCCCACAGUUGUGCUGGGGUCCCACUCUGCUCUAUCCUGGCUGCUCUGUAGUACUGAUGCUGUGUGUGUGUGUGUGAGAGAGAGAGAGAGACAGAUUACAUAAUGAAUUGGUAGAACAUUCCUUGAAGAGAAAUGGGAGACGCUGUUCAUCACACACAUUGCACUCACCCUAGCCCUACACAUUUAUACACACACACACACACACUAGUAUAAGUAUGAUUCCUCGUGGUUCUGGUGGGAGCCGUUAAAUGAAGUAAGAGCUGAGGGUCCAGCACUAUGCUAAUCGCCGCUUCUGCCCGUUUAUUUGCAUCAAGCAUUCCCAGUGAAAACAGGCCAGUGAAAAUGCACUUAAGGCUUUGGGAUCAGCUUUGAGACCCUCUAGCAUGCCCCCCCCCCCCCC